UAUAAUUCUGAAUGUAGGCUACUAGUAAUGGGCUAUUUUUUUUCAUUCUACCAGAACUGCCUAAACACAAACUGAAGACAGAUGUUCCAACAAGGUGGAACAGUGGCUUUGAUAUGGUUGAUAGGUUCCUUGAACAACAGCCAGCUGUCUAUGCUGUGCUCCUCUCUCCUCAAGUGAGAAAAGGUGCACAUGACAUCUGCACACUGAGUGAGGCAGAUGUGUCUGGUGCUGAACACCUAGUGAAGGUACUCAAGCCCAUGAAGUUGGCCACCACCACAAUGUCUGAAGAGAGCAUGCCUACUUUCUCUGUCAUUGCCCCACUACAUGCACAGGUCCUGGCCGAUUUCACCCCUGCACCAGAGGAUGGCCUGAUGACCUGUGAAAUCAAGCAUGCCAUCUGGGAAGAUUUAAUGAAGAGAUAUACAUCUACAAAAGAGAGGGACACACUCCAUAUAGCAUCUGCCCUCGACCCAGACUUUAAAGCUCUACCAUUCCUUUCAGAGGAUGAAAAAGUAGAGACAUACAGCAGAAUGACUACAGCAGCUGCAUCCCUCAAGGUGCUGAGGCAAGAGGCUCAAGUCCCUGAAGAGGAAGGUGAUGACAUGGCUGAGAGGCAUGAUGAUGAUGAGGAGGAUGAUGUAGUUGAGGAGGUUCGAGACAAAGGCCAGAAGCUGGAGGAGGCCGGCCCCUCCACUCGCUCCACCACAAGGCCAUCUUCACUGACUGUACUUCUGAGCCAAACCUUUAGUGUUGUUGUCACCACAGUGCAGCCCAAGUCAAGAGGUUUGCAUGCAUCUGGAGGCCCCUUCACUUCCUCUCACAGAUGACCCCCUUGAGUGGUGGAGCACCAUGGAUCUUGUGUAUCCUCUCCUAGCCAAGCUAGCCAAACGAUACUUAUGCAUCCCCGGUACGAGCAUAACUGCAUAAAGAGUGUUCUCCACUGCGGGGGACAUUGUAUCAGCACAACGGAGCAUGCUCACUCCACAACAUGUGGACCAGCUGGUCUGUCUCCACAAGAAUCUGGUCAUUCCAGAGCUAUGAAUGUUGUUCAGUACAACUUGAUCACUCACAUCACAAUGUGUUGUGUUGUGUUCUGUUCUAUGUUCUACAGUAUAUGAGCUACAGUAAGUUGGUUCUACCUCUAAAGGAAUUAAGCCUUCUAUUUUAUUAUUUAUUUUGCCAUUUAAUUUGCCAUGAAGGUACAAGGCAUUACACAGCU